AUGGAGGAUGGAUGUUACACUAAGGAUUUCUUCACCCUGGAGAAAAUGAAGUCGGAGUUGGAGCUGAGGAAGAGAGUAGCGGAUCUUGAGGAAGAGAACCGAUCAAUCAAACAACGGCUCGAGAGGAUAGAGAUGAUGUUCUGGCAGCAACAACAACAAUUUAUGUCAAUCCAUCAGCAACCAAUGGUCUUUCAAGGUCAUGCUCCGAGAUUGCAGCAACACCAACAACCUUAUCUGGUACAAAAGGAUGUGCAACAACAAAGGCUUCAAGCUGUUGGUUCCUUGCUUCCGCCUCAAAAUGUGACUCACCAAUCCCAAAGAACCCUUCCAGAGAUGCCAUCAACGUUGGUGGAUGCAAUGGGAAAUGUAAAUGGAGGUGACUGGCAAGAGUUGGUUUUCCAAAAGAUCAAUUCCAUGAAAGAAAUGUACUUAGCAGAUCUGACUGAAAUACACCGGAAAGUUACAGCCAAGUUUCAGCUCGAUUCUCUUCCGGAUCAACAAAGAUCAGAGCGGUUUGAGAAACUGAAAAAAUUCAAGGAAAUGAUGGAGCGAAUGCUGCAAUUUCUAUUUGUUUCCAAGCGUGAUAUCACGCCUGAAUUGAGGGAUAAAGUGGAUUAUUAUGAGACGCAGAUCAUCGGUUUCUUAAAUAUGCACAGGCCGAGGAAGGCGCAAGAGCAAAAGUAG